AAUACAAUGGCUAUUUGUCGAUUUUGCUUAAAAUCGUCGGAAAACACUCAAUUUAAGUCAUUAUUACUAUAUUCAACUUACAUAGAAUUAAUCCUCCCUGAAAUUGAUUUAAGCCUCACGGAAACCCCCCAAAUAUGCCCCGCAUGCUUAAGCAACCUCGAAACCGCCUACAACUUCAAAACAAGCUGCCUCCAAUCCGAGGAAAAAUUAAAAACCGUUAAAAACACCCAAAUAAAACACGAAAUCGAAAUUGGAGCCGAAACCAAUACAACCGAUACAUUCGAAACUAAUUUUGACUCGAAAAACUUUAUAAUCAAAGACGAAAUCGAUAUCGGAGAAUACGAAAUAGUUUCGUCGGAAAAUUUUUGUUCUUUGUAUCAAUGUAACUUGUGUGGAAACCAAUUUAACAACGACACGGCUUUAAAUUCGCACAAGUCGAAUCAUUUCGAUGCAAAAAAGAGGAAAUGCGAGUUUUGCGGUAAAGGAUUUAACCACACCGGGCAUUUUAAAACUCAUUUAAAGACGCACGAUAAAAACGGGAACUUAAAACCUUUCCAAUGCGAACAAUGCGGGAAUCGAUUCCUUAAAAUUCCGUAUUUACGCAGGCAUAAACGAAUGUCUUGCCGAGGGGUUAACAAAUCCGUUUAACCUUCAUUCGGACAACCGAAUCCAGACUUUAUGUGUCAAAUUGACACAUCUCCAGACAGUAACUGUUCAUUUUCCUAUUUGUAUAGAUGAAAAUAAACAAAUUAUU